ACAGCAAAUGCGUCCAGUGCCCGUUGCUUGUGCAGUCACGAGCUACGUCCGGGAAUACGGACCCGUAAGAUCUGACACCCUAGGUUCUUGAAGACCACGCACAGAAUACAUUCUAUCCGUGAACCUUUCUUUUUACUGUCUAGCUGUUGUCGUUAAAGAACAUUACUUGAUUGUACGAUCACGGUCCUGUGGGUGAUGUACUCCAACAUUUGACAUUGCUAGCUAGCUAGCUAGCUAGCUGUUUAGCUAGCUUGCCUUGCGUGACUCAUGUUCAGUGAUCUAGACUGAUAGGUUGUUAUUUUGACAUUUUUUUCUACCUUGUGAAUUUGCGUGUAAUAGAGGACUAAUCUAUCCACUGUGACAUUUCGCUCACGUCUUAUAUCAGACUGUGAUAUACUCAGAUGCAGGUUUGUUGACGUUUAGUCGGUGAAACGCAAAUAGGUAACGUUGGGUUUGAAUGAAUUAGCCAACGGAAACAGCAGCUAGCUACCGUCGCAGCUAAUGAUACACUAAACCGAUAGUUAGCUAGCCACCUCAGCAGGCUGUGCUGCAUCCACAGAAUACGUUCUCUUGAGCUAGCUAAUCUAGCUUGCUAGUGUUAACCUUUUACGAGUUAGUUAGCUAGCUAGAGUGUUGGCUAACGUUGCACGUCCAAAACGAGAAUUCAUAUAGGUUAGGUUGCAAGCUAACAUAAGCUUGAAGUCAACGAGCUAUAAAACGCACGAAACCAUCACUACAAUUUACAUUUUCUCUGCGCUUGAAACCGGAGGGAACCGAAAAUGCCGGCUGUGUCGAAGGGAGAUGGAAUGCGAGGAUUAGCGGUGUUCAUUUCGGACAUCAGGAAUUGUAAGAGCAAAGAAGCUGAGAUCAAGCGUAUCAACAAGGAGCUGGCCAACAUCCGCUCCAAGUUCAAAGGUGACAAAGCUUUGGAUGGCUACAGCAAGAAGAAGUAUGUCUGCAAGCUGCUCUUCAUCUUUCUGCUUGGCCAUGACAUCGAUUUCGGACAUAUGGAGGCGGUCAACCUGCUCAGCUCCAACAAGUACACUGAAAAACAGAUUGGUUAUCUGUUCAUCUCCGUCUUGGUGAACAGCAACAGCGAGCUGAUCCGGCUGAUCAACAACGCCAUCAAGAAUGACCUGUCCAGCAGGAACCCCACCUUCAUGUGUCUGGCCCUGCACUGCAUCGCCAACGUGGGCAGCCGCGAGAUGGCCGAGGCGUUCGCCGGAGAGAUCCCCCGCAUCUUGGUGGCAGGGGACACCAUGGACAGUGUGAAGCAGUCGGCAGCCCUGUGUCUGCUGCGCCUCUACAAGACAUGCCCAGACCUGGUACUCAUGGGAGAGUGGACAUCCAGAGUGGUACAUCUGCUCAAUGACCAGCACAUGGGUGUGGUAACUGCAGCCAUCUCCCUCAUCACCUGCCUCAGUCAGAAGAAUCCAGAUGAGUUUAAGACCUGCGUAUCCCUGGCUGUGUCUCGUCUCAGCAGGAUUGUGUCCUCGGCCUCCACUGACCUGCAGGACUACACCUAUUACUUUGUGCCGGCACCCUGGCUCUCCUGCAAGCUGCUGCGGCUGCUGCAGUGCUACCCGCCGCCAGAGGAUGGCGCCGUCAAAGGCCGGCUGGUGGAGUGCCUAGAGACCAUUCUGAACAAAGCCCAGGAGCCGCCCAAGUCGAAGAAGGUCCAGCAUUCCAACGCCAAAAACGCCAUUCUCUUCGAGGCCAUUGCGCUCAUCAUCCACUAUGACAGUGAGCCCAACCUGCUGGUGCGCGCCUGUAACCAGCUGGGCCAGUUCCUGCAGCACCGAGAGACCAACCUGCGCUACCUGGCCCUGGAGAGCAUGUGCACGCUGGCCAGCUCCGAGUUCUCCCACGAGGCCGUCAAAACGCACAUCGAGACAGUCAUCAACGCGCUCAAGACCGAGAGAGAUGUUAGUGUGCGCCAGAGGGCUGCUGACCUCCUCUACGCCAUGUGUGACCGUAGCAACGCCAAACAGAUUGUCGCCGAGAUGCUGAGUUACCUGGAGACAGCCGACUAUUCCAUCCGAGAGGAAAUGGUGCUGAAGGUAGCCAUUCUGGCUGAGAAGUACGCUGUGGACUACUCCUGGUAUGUGGACACCAUCCUCAACCUGAUCCGCAUUGCGGGAGAUUACGUCAGUGAGGAGGUCUGGUACCGUGUCAUUCAGAUCGUCAUCAACCGGGACGACGUGCAGGGCUACGCUGCCAAGACUGUGUUUGAGGCCCUCCAGGCCCCAGCCUGCCACGAGAACAUGGUGAAGGUCGGAGGUUACAUCCUAGGAGAGUUUGGCAACCUCAUCGCUGGGGACCCGCGGUCCAGCCCCCUGGUGCAGUUCAACCUGCUGCACUCCAAGUUCCACCUGUGCUCGGUCCCCACACGGGCACUGCUGCUCUCGGCCUACAUCAAGUUCAUCAACCUGUUCCCCGAGACCAAGAGCACCAUCCAGGAGGUGCUGCGCUGCGACAGCCAGAUCCGCAACAGCGACGUGGAGCUGCAGCAGCGCGCCGUCGAGUACCUCAAGCUCUCCUCCAUCGCCAGCACUGACGUCCUGGCCACUGUUCUGGAAGAGAUGCCUCCGUUCCCUGAGAGGGAGUCGUCCAUCCUGGCCAAGCUGAAGAAGAAGAAGGGUCCGGGGGCCGUGUCCGUGAACGAGCUGGAGGAUGGCAAGAGAGAGGGAGGAGAGCUGAACGGAGGAGGGGAGAGGGCAGACUCUUCUGCUAUGGCUGCGUCCAACGCUUCCACGCCCUCUCCAUCCGCUGACCUGCUCGGACUCCGCCCAGCCCCUGCGGUUGGCUCAGCUCCUCCCAGUGCUGGCAGCCUAUUGGUCGAUGUGUUUUCAGAGGGGUCGGCUGCGCCCAGCGCAGGUGUCAAUGACGACGGCUUCCUGAGAGAUCUGGAACAACCCCCUGAGACCUCUGAAACCCUAUUGGCUGAGGGUCCUGGUGACUCCGACUCUGCUCCUCCUCCUCCUGCUGCUGCUGCUGCUGUCUCUGAGGAACCUGCUCCCCCUCUGCCUGAAGCAGAAGAUCUGCUCAACAAGUUUGUGUGUAAGAAUAACGGAGUGCUGUUUGAGAACCAGCUGCUGCAGAUUGGAAUCAAGUCUGAGUAUCGCCAGAACCUGGGCAGAAUGUACUUGUUCUACGGCAAUAAGACUUCAGUGCAGUUUGUCAGCUUCUCCACUACAGUGUCCUGCCCAGAUGAACUGCCCACUCAGCUGAAUUUGCAGACUAAAACAGUGGAGCCUCUGAUUGAGGGCGGAGCCCAGGUGCAGCAGGUGGUCAACAUCGAGUGUCUGACUGAUUUCGUUGAUGCGCCGCUUCUCAACAUCAAGUUCAGGUAUGGUGGAGCCCUGCAGAAUCUCACCCUCAAGCUUCCCGUCACCAUCAACAAAUUCUUCCAGCCCACUGAGAUGUUGUCACAGGAGUUCUUUCAGCGCUGGAAACAGCUCAGCCAGCCUCAGCAAGAGGCACAGAAGAUCUUCAAGGCUGGCCAUGGCAUUGACACAGAGGUGGUCAAAGCCAAGUUGUUGGGCCUUGGAACAGCCCUGCUGGAGAACGUGGACCCUAACCCAGAGAACUUUGUGUGCGCUGGAGUCAUCCAGACCAAGGCCCAGCAGGUGGGCUGCCUACUCAGACUGGAGCCCAAUGCCCAAGCCCAGAUGUACCGCUUGACUCUGCGCAGCAGUAAGGACACCGUCUCCAAGCGUCUUUGUGAGCUGCUGUCGGAACAGUUCUAGAGUCUUCUCCUGGAAUCCAUGCCUAGACCAUCACCUUCCUAGAGCCCUCACGCAGACCAGCGUUCUACUUUCCAGAACCCUGAACAAAGAAAGAAAACUUCAGAAGCAUUCGUACAUAAGGGAAAAAAAAAACACAGCCGGCAUUCUGCGACGGCCAUAUAACUGUCCUAAUUACAAUUAUUAUGAUUAUUAUUACUGUUAUCAUCAGCGCAACAGUUCUUGUUUUUAUUGGUGUUUACCUGUGUGUGCGUGUGUGUCAGAGAGCAUGUGUGAGUGUGCGUGUUUGUUUGCAUGGGUGAAUGAGUGUGUGCGUGUGCGUGUGUGUGUGUGUGUGUGUGUGUGUGUGUGUGUGUGUGUGUGUGUGUGUGUGUGUGUGUGUGUGUGUGUGUGUGUGUGUGUGUGUGUGUGUGUGUGUGUGUGUGUGUGUGUGUGUGUGUGUGUGUGUGUGUGUGUGUGUGUGUGUGUGUGUGGUGUACAGAAUUGUGGUGGUUGUUGUGUUCUCCGUCCGGCCUGGUGACUGAAGUGUGCUCUGUGCUUGUGUUGGCAGCUGGUGCGCAUCGUGCUGGGAGGGGGGCGAGCGGUCGACGCGCACGCGCACUAACAUUUCCACUUCCGAUAGCAUUCCUGCGAAGUGUACGCGUACACAAGACACUCACCCACACGUCUCUUAAACAUUCCUUGUAAAGCCAUGGAUGGGAGGAACGCACCAAAACCCCUUUGCUCGCUCACAUGCACAAAUCGGAGGAAUUGUACAGAUGAAGUAGAAAUACACUAAGGGAGGCAGGUGCCUCUAGAUGGGCCGGACGCUUGCCCUUCACUGACCUAAUCUCACCCCCCCCCCCCCCCCUCCAGCCCUCCCAGUAUAUCCUCAGACAUUAGUGUUCUCUGCUCUGACCCCCCCCGCCCCACACACAUACACACGCACACGCACACGCACACCACACACACACACACACACACACACAGCUUUCUCAUCAGCUCGCUCAGCAUGUUAUCACUGCAAAGAUUCCCCAUUUCCAUUCUUCCCAUAUUCCCCGGCGCAGAAGAGCAGGCUUAGUGCACUUUAACAAGGCUCAGGCAGGGAAGUGAUCACGCACGCUUCAUUAGACCCGCUCGUGGGCUCCUCAUUUAUUGCAUUUAUUCCACUCCCCGUCAUGACUUCAGAGAUGAGAGAUGCUUUGUGAUUGGUUGUGACGUGUGGGUUUUUUUUUUGUUUUGUUUUGUUUGUUUCUCAUUUUCUUUUUCUUUUUUUUUUUUUUUUUAUUGUAUUUACCUGUCUAUUUUGUCUCAUCUCAGUGCUGAUGUUAGUGAUGUGUUAACUUGAAGUUUGUUGCCCCAUUUCAUUGUUUUGUACAUUUCAUGAUUUCAUGGUGGUCCAAAUGUUCAGGUCGUGUCCAGGUGGCCAGUUCUCUUCCGUUAGAGGCUGUAGAGACGGCUGAGAGGACCGCGGGGCAGAGGGAGGUUGAAAAGGGUGUCCUCUGUCUGCACGUCUGUCUGUCUGUCUGUCUGCACAUGAAGAGUGCAGCAGUGAAUUCUUAUGUAGACACACACACACACGCACAGGCAUGCACACACUACAAUGAUCUGCGGUGAUCUGUGGUGACCUCCACUCUUGCACUCAAACACACACACACUUACUUGCACACAACACAACACAACACAACACAACACAACACAACACAACACAACACAACACAACACAACACAACACAACACAACACAACACAACACAACACAACACAACACAACACAACACAACACAACACAACACAACACAACACAACACAACACAACACAACACAACACAACACAACACAACACAACACAACCACAACCACAACCACAACCACAACCACAACACAACAAAGCCAGAAUUGGGUGUUGAGUUGUGAUGAGGUUGUGAGAGAUGUUCCAGAGCGCCUGUUUGAGCACUUAUCAUGUGAACAUGUUUAAAUGAGCGAGUACUCCAAUGCGCACACAAUAGUCAAUAGAUAACACACUAGUCUUCAACACACACACACACACACGCAUCUUAGAUGGCAGAAAAACAGAGAGAAAGAUUAGGACCAACCCAGCUGCCAACAGUCAACCACAACGCCAGGGAUCAUCUUGCUUUGGUUCAGCAUUAGGUGUGUAUGUGUGGGAUGAGUGUGACUGUACCAUAUUAUAAGAAAAAAAAAAUCUAAUGAAGUUUAUGGGACACUGUCAUAUAUGUUGAAUAAGGAGUCACUAUGCUUCCCUUGAUGCAAGUGUGCAUUCAGUGGGACUUUGUCAUUGUAGUUGAAUUUGAAUCAUUGUCAUAUUUGUGUGUGCGCGUGAGCGUGUCUGUGCAGUAUCCGCUAGCUAAUACAGCCCCAGUGUAUCGGUGUUAAACCUGUCAGAUACCUGUGUUAGAUUCCAAUUUACUCUGUACUGAAAAAUGUGAAAGUAAAACUAUGCCAUAUAUUCACACA